GGCGAAUUUGGGCUCAAGCGCAAGGCAGUGAGAUCAGAAACCCCUCCUGCCUGCCUUGCGUGUAUCCCUUUUUCCGGGCUUCGUACCUGGGCCUCGAUAGAUGGCCCUGGCCCUCCAUAUCCUGGUUUUCCUGGCCUUGGCCUUGCGAAUAGACGCGCGGGAUCGCAGCAGGCGAGCCCCCACUAGAUGAAUCCUGCGAGGAAGACCUCCUUGACGUGAGGCUCUUGCAGACGUCGCUGGCCCUGAAUGGCCGACCCCGGGAGGAGCUGUUGGCCCAAAGAGCCGAAAUCUCGUCGGAGAAGAAGGAGGCGGCACACCAUCCCAGGAAGUCCUUGGGAAUGUUGGCUGAAGAAGCGAUGAUCCGCUCAGAGUGGGUGGUGCUCGGGUGCUACGCGGCCAUCUAUGCCGUCUCCGUCUGUCUCAUCAUCCGCAGCAUGACGAAGAGCCCCCCUGGCUUUGACAACAAGCUAGCGGCCGGUCACAAGGUGGAGGACAUGGAUGCAGAGACCAGGGUGUGGCGACAAGGAUUCCUCAGCUGGCUGGCGGUAUCCUGGGCCACUCCCUGGUGCGCGCGCUGGGGGCAUUCCCUGAACGCCGCACUCACCAAGAUCAAGGCGGAUCAGCUGCCUCAGCUUGGCUUCCGCGACGACAUGGCGCAUGCGAGUGCGGACCAGUUCGAGAAGUUCUGGGCGGAGGAAGUUCAGGCUGUCGGGGCUGAGAAAGCCAACAUCGCAAAUGCGAUCAUAAAGAUGUGGCCCAGACCAAAACUGAUGAUGGGUGCGCUGGCUUAUGGGAGCCAGGUGCUGCUGGGACAGCUCUACUCGGUGUACCUUGUGCGGAUAUCGCUGAUGCACUUCUUUAAGCUGCAGGCGUGGGUCAAUGAGCAUCCAUAUGAGGAGCGCAACAUGACCAACCAGAUCCUGGUGGCGAUCUUCGCCUUCACCCUCUACCCGCUCUUCAACAUUUUCAUCGCAUCCGUAACAAACUCGAUCAACACUCAGUUGGAUCAGCGGCUGUGCGGUGGCAUCGCGGUGGCGCUUUUCCGGAAGGCCGAGCGCCUGCCGUCGACCAGUGGGACCGAGCGCUCGACGCCAGGAGCCUCCGAGGGCGAGCCGGCCAAGGCGGACCUGCAGACGCUCCUCAACCACGACGUCCUCACUGCCCUGAUUGGGUCCUUCGAGUCGGCAUGCUUGGCUACCAGCUCUCUGGCGUCUUUGUUUGUCCUCUUCGUCAUGAUGGCCACGCAGCUGCGUCUGGCGACGCUAAUGGCCUUCGGCACGGCCAUCCCGUGUCUCGUGGGCGCCGUGAUCUUGGGGGACCAGAUCGGCAAGUGCAUGCUCACCCUGCAGGAGCGUUCUGACAGGCGUGUGGUGACCUUGAGGGAGGUGCUUUUUGGUGUCCGCGUGGUCAAGUGCUACGGCUGGGAGAUUGCCAUGGAGCAGAAGCUGUCGGAGCUGCGGAAGAACGAGGUGGAGGGCCUGAGGACUUACUGGAACUGCACUUGUUUCCUGACCUCGCUGCUGCUGCUUUUCCCGCGCCUUCUGAUCUGGGCCGGGCUUGUGGGCUAUGCCGCCAUCUACGGAGCUCACGACGUGGCCACAAUUUUCACCAGCCUCCAGAUUCUGGCCUGCCUCCGUGGCUCUUGCGAGAUCCUGGCGCAGAGCCUUGCGCGUGUUUCAGCCAUCUCGCCCAGCUUGACGCGGGUCCAGUCCUUCCUGAAGCUCCCAGAAGCGCCCGCCAUCCAGCAGGGAGGGGGACAGCCAGCCUGGCUGCAGUACUGGCCAGUGGAAGGAGGCGACUUCAUCAAGGUUCAGGGCACCUAUCGCUGGAGCAGCGAUCCCGCAGUUCCUCCUGCCAUUCGCAACGUGCAGUUGCAGAUCCCUUGUGGGGAGUUGGUGGCAAUCGUGGGGACGGUGGGCUCGGGCAAGAGCGCUCUACUGCAGGCCAUCUUAGGGGAGCUGCAGCCGGACGAGAGCUCUGAGAAGGCCUUCAUCAGCAGACCCAAGACCGUGGCAUAUUGCUCGCAGAUCCCGCACAUUGCGGAGGGCACGCUGAAGGAGAAUGUGCUGCUGGGGCAAGCCUUCGACCAAAGCCGCUAUGAGGAUUCGCUGCGUGCAGCAUCCCUCGGGGAGGACUUGAAGGUGUUGCCGGGUGGCGACCAGGUGCCCGUAGGUGCCCGGGGCAUCUCCCUGUCCGGCGGGCAGAAAGCCCGGGUAUCGAUGGCACGCGCAGCGUACCACAUGAACUCUGCGCUGGUCCUGAUGGAUGACCCCUUUGCCUCAGUGGACGCGCCUACGGCUGGGGUCAUCAUGGAGAAGCUGCUGGAGGGUCCCCUAAUGCAAGGUCGAACCUGCGUGGUGACGACCCAGCCUGACAACGAGCGACUCGCCAAGUUCCACAAAGUUGUGCUUAUGGCCGAGGGCAAGGUUUUUCUGCAGGGCACGCCGGAGGAGAUCAUGGCCAGCGAGGCCUACCAGCAGCUUUUGAGCAGCAAGGAGGGCGAGAGCUUCGGUCAGAUGGAGGAUGCCCCGGCCGGCAAGAAGAUGCCCCUGGCGCGCAAAGACGCGCAGACCGCCGAGUCGCUGCGCGAAGAGGAGUUCGAGGGCCGGCCAUCGAUCGCCCUCGUGAAGGAUUACAUUCAGAUUGGUCGCUACCGGCACAUCCUGACGGCUUGCUUGCUCCUCAUGGUGAUGAUCUACUUUUUCCUUCUUUGCGAUCUGGUCAUCGCCCGGUGGUCCAACGAGCUGUCCAUCAACCCUCAGGCGAGCGCCAAGCCCUACCUCUCGGCCUACUUGUUUUGGCUGGGGGCGUCCCUGGUCUUUUGGGUGAUGGGCUGGCGGGAGGGCCAGGCCUUCACCAUGCGCUUGUCAGCGGCGAUCCAUGACAGGGUGAUCCACAGGCUGCUGAGGGCCCCGGUGGACCGCUUCUUCGACAAGCAGCCGGUGGGCCGGAUCAUGAGCCGCCUCGUGGGGGACAUGGCCAGCGUGGACCUGUCCCUCUACGCGAAGACGCUGCUCACCGUGACGAUCAUCUACGGCACCGUGGUGCCGCUGAUCUACGUGCACACCAUGGUGCCGGCAUUCAUCACCGUGAUGGCUUUGCCGCUGUACUACCUGAUCUUUACCAUCUACGAGCGCUACAGGAACACCUCGGUGCCGAUGCGCUACUGCUUUGCUAGCUCCAAGUCAGAUAUGAACGGGUUGGUCACGGACGUGAUGUCAAGCACUGCUGCCAUCCGCGCCUACGGGGAUGAGGGCCGUCUGUCCGAGGAGAUGUGCCUUCAAGUGGACAAGACGCUGAAGGUGUGCAUGAUGAGCAACAACGUGCUGCGGCGAUGGCUAGGCAACCGCGUCCAAUACCUGUGGAGCUUCCUCACGAGCACCACCUAUGUCGCAGCGCUGCUGUAUCCUGACAAGGUGGGUGCUGGCACUCUGGGCGUCUGCAUGACCAACCUCCUCAUGAUGCAGAACUUGAUCGAGGGCAAUAUCGACAGUGCGAUCGGCUCCUUAUUCGAGAUCAUCGCCCUGGCGCGAAUUCAUGAGUACGUCGACGUGCCGCAGGAGCGGAACUUGACUUGCAAAACUGAUGGAGCGUACCGGAACUUCACAGUGCGAUUGUCGCGUGCGGCCAUCGGUAAGCUGAAUUGGUGGAAGCAGGGCGACAUCGUCCGGGUCUACCGCGGUAGCGGCUUGCUGCUCCAGUCUUCCAUUGACGGUAAGGCCCUGCUCCCUGCUGCAGCCUUCGACAAGGAGGCAGCGCAGCUUGCGGAGCUGUGCCCCAAGAGCAGCAAGCUCAAGGAGGCCCACACCUGGCACCGUCUAGUGGGAGCCAACGACGUCAUUGCAGAUGCAGAGCAGCUCGCGCUCGAGCUUUGCGAGGGCCCUGGCGAAAAUGUCGUUCUGGAUGUUCGCAGCGGGUGGUGCGCAGACGGGGCGAAGCUGGAGCUGCUGAGUGUCAAAGCUGGCUAUGCGGACAUCCCCCGAGACGUGCUGAAGGGCAUCACCUUGACCUUCCAGCCCCGCAGCACAGUGGGCAUCGUUGGCACCACAGGCUGCGGAAAGUCGAGCCUUCUGCUGGUGCUUCUGCGAAUCCUGGAGCCGCGGGCGGGGAAGGUGCUACUCAACGGUGUAGACACCAGCACCCUGGGCUUGUCCACCUUGAGGGGCGCCCUUGGCUUGGUGCCGCAGGACCCUUUGCUGUUCACGGGGAGCCUGCGUCACAACUUGGACCCCCUGGACUCGUACACGGAUGGCCGCAUUUGGGAGGCGUUACGCUGCGCUCAUUUGGACGGACUGGUUCACACCUUCACGGGCGAACUGAAUUAUCAGGUCAGCGACGAGGGCUCCAACCUGAGCUUCGGCCAGCGCCAGCUCUUCUGCUUGGCCCGCAUGGUCCUGCGGCAGCCGUCGCUCCUGCUCUUGGACGAGGCCACUUCGGCCAUUGAUCCGCGAACGCAGGAGAAUGUGCAAGAGACGAUCAGCAAUGCCUUCCCCGACUCCACCUUAGUGGCGAUUGCGCACCGCCUGGAGACCGUUCUGGAGUUCGACCAGCUGGUGGUCCUGGACCAGGGCGAGGUGGCGGAGCAGGGCACGGUGAAGGAGCUCCAGCAGAUACAGGAUGGAAAGUUCCGGCGCAUGCUCGCGGCAAAGAAGGUGUGGUGAUCCCAGCGUUGCAACACGGGCUUCGCGUUCAGCGGGCACAUGCGGGCACCUUCAUGUGGCAGGCUCCCCGACUGGCGACUGAGCGGUGCGGGGGUUUGACGAUGGUUUGGCUGUCAUUUGGUUUUGGUCUUUGCGGAGUUUCCCGGUUUUGGCCAUGGCCCCAUGCGCGGGACAUGGUUUGCCAACAAAAGGGAUUCAAUGCCGUCUUUUGGGGCUUUCACGAGCCAGACUUGGGGCUCAAGGCCCGUUGGAGGGAAUGCAUUUGAUAGAUGGCAGAGUGGCCCGAGCUGAAGCUUCGGCUGGGAUGCCCUCACACCAGCCUGGGCAGGUGGGGGGGGCACAAGACUUAGAUUCGAGC